AUAUAAGAAUACAUUUGACUAUUGAUAAGUAGUCGAGUAAAGCUCCUACUAUAAUAGCAAGUAGUAAUAUAAGAAUACAUUUGACUGUUUAUAAGUAGUCGAGUAAGGCUCCUACUAUAAUAGUAAUAUAAGAAUACAUUUGACUAUUGAUAAGUAGUCGAGUAAGGCUUCUACUAUAAAAGUUAAAGUCAAUUCAAUUUUAAAAUGAGUGUAUUAAAAAACGUGGAAGAAAUAGCAAAUUUCAUUCAACGAAAAUAUCCUACAUUGGAAUUUGGCAACAUAAGUGUUUCUAAUAAGGCGAUAAGUGACAUUUGUAAUGUAAUAUUCAAGAAAGGUGAUACCAAAAAAGCUAAAAAGAAUUUAGUUAUGGCAUUAAAUAAUCCUAAAUCAGCCUUGAGAAAAUUAUUAGAUAGUAAUUCAACAGCAGACAAUAAGUUACACUUCCAUAAAAUGCUCAAGGACAAUGGUUAUUCAAAAAAUGAUUUUUGUAUUUAUAAGACAGAGGUUGUUAAUUCAAUUUGUAAAAUUUUAAAAAUUAAUUGUAGCCGUAAAAAUCAACUCAGACUAUUUCAGCGUUGUGAAGAGAGUUUUCGACAAAAUGAAAUUUCUAUUAGCCCUAGAGAAAUAUCUCAAAAAGAAAUUAUUAUUUCUGGUGAAGGAAAUGAACUAAAUGAGGGUACGGUAGUGCGUGUAAAGAGAAAAUUGUUUACCAAUGAUUCCCCUCAAAGAGGAUACAAUUAUACUUCUAAUAUAAUUGUAGAUGAGUUGGGCAUUGAUUUGAAAGAAAAUGUUAUUGAAAUCAAAGAACAUGAUUUAAUUAAUUGUAACCCAGGUUUGCUUUAUAGUUCUUGUAAAGUCUAUGAUGAUUGCUGCAGCACAAUAGGAGAAAUUGAUAAUCAACAAAGAAUAUUUCAGCGUUCUCAAGAGAGUUUUCAAGAAAAUGAAAUUUCUGAAAGUCUUCAAGAAUUAUCACAAAAAAAAAUUGUUAUGUUAGGCAAAACAAAUAAACUAGAUGAGAGUACAGCAUUGUAUGUAAAAAGAAAAUUGUUUAUCGACAGUACUCCUCAAAAAGAAAACAAUAAUACAUCCAAUAUAAUUGUAAAAAAAUUGGAAAAUGAUGUGACAGAAAAAGUUCUUGUAAUCAAAGAACAUAAUUUUAUUAAUUUUAACCCGGGUUUACUUAAUAGUUCUUUUUCAAUUGAUGAUGGUUGCUGUAGUACUAUAAAAGAAAAUGAAUAUAAUAAGAAUGUUGAUAGUAUUGAACAAAUUGAUUUUGCUGAAGAAAUGUUAACCACCCCUAAGCGCAAAUUAAAUGUAACAUUUUCUGGAGAUUUGUUUACCCCAGAAAAAAGAUUUGAAUCUAUAUCUGUUUGCAACACACCAGAAGCAGAUUUGAAAGCAUUACCUAAGAAUUCAAAAAAUGUAUAUCCCUUAAAGGUAAGGUCUUUUAAUGAAGAUCAUAAAAUGAAAAAGGUUAUAUGUUAUAAAAAGUGUAAUUUUGUGGAAGGAACAAUUAGCUUACAGGAUAAAGAAUUGAAGCAAAUAGUUGAUAACUCAAUGCAAAAAAAUAUUGUUAUUUCAAAUGAAAUAAAUGAUUUAUUGCGUGAAAAAUUUGAAACCGUAAAUAACUCUUGUGUUUUAACUAUCAAGAAUAAAAACAUUACCAAGAAAGGUUUGACAUGUUAUGGUAUUUGUCGUCAUGAAUCUUGUAAGCAGUUUAAACUAGUAGUGAAGAAAAAAACAACGGAUAGUAUGGCACAAAUAACAGUUAUGAGUAACAGCCUUAAUUACAGCCAUUAUGGUAAACUGACUACUUUCUUGAAAGGAACAAAUCGACAGAAACAAAAACAAAUGACAAAGUACUGUCCACCGAUGAGUUUACGACAAAAGUAUAUUUUAAAAGCUUCUCCUAGUAAGCUCAAGCGUGGUAACUUGUGCAACAUCAGGUCUGACCGAGUAUAUUACAAGGUGUCUCAUGAGCAAAAGAGUGGUGAUGAUCGAGCAGCUGACGACAGGGUUGAUAUGCAUUUAUUGAAAGAUAAAUGUUCAGAGUUUAUCCAGUAUGUAUCUGAUCCAAAGGAGAAAGAUUUUGUAACUUAUUUGUUUAGCCAAGAUCAAGUUAACGUUUUAAGAAAAAUGAAAUGUGUUACAAUUCAUGUUGAUGCGACUGGCGGGGUGGUGAGAGAAACUACAAGAGAUCCAACACUAUUCAAAACAGGAAAAAGAAAAGAAAAAUUACUAUUGUAUUAUGCGGCUGUCACUGUGUGCAAUAAGAGGAUAAUUCCAAUUGCAGAAUAUCUGUCGACUACACAAACUGCUAGUGCGAUAACAAAUUGGCUAACGGAGUUUCGUAAAUUCUAUGAACGACAGUGUGGUACAAAGUUCACAGCACAUGUUGUCAGUGACUUUUCAACAGCAAUAUUAAAAGGGUUUGUGAGAGCAUUUAACGAAUGUAAUGAGGUCGUUGAAUAUUUGAAUAGAUGUUAUGAAUUCAUGUAUGAGGGCAAAAUGUUUAAUUGCAACGCACUGAUAAGUCUUUGUUGUUGUCAUUUAAUCAAAAAUAUCUCUGAUGAUGCUCAUAAAUAUUAUAAAGCAAAUGGAAAGAAGAUAACCAAUGGAUCUUUAGCGUGUUUGGCGACUGCGUGUAUCUCGCCAGCAUUCAACAUAACCACCACAGAAUGUCUGGACAAAUGGUUCACUGCAGUUACGACGGUGUUGUUGUCACCCUCCAAGUCUGUAGAUGUGGAUGAUGCCAUGGAGAUUUUGAAGAAGCUCAGCCAUGAAAAUCCAAGUAGUCUAGUUGAUGAUCUAAUUACAAAACAAAAAAAUGUUACAUUAGAUGAACAAAUAAGAGAUGUUAAGACCUUUUACCGGUAUAAAGAUUCCAAGUUCUUGUCUCGGUUUGAAAAUAUAGUCUGUUGA